AUGGCCCUCAAUCGGAUCAAUGGGAAGGAAGACCUCUACGUCGGAGGAUUAUUUGGUCUCCGGCGGAAGCAGGCAUUGAAAGAAGGCAAUAUCACGCACGUAUUGUCCGUCAUCAAGUACUCGCUCGACUUUGACCCAGACACGUUCGCCAACGUUCAACAUCUCAGCGUAGACAUCGACGACGAUGCAGACCAGGAUAUCCUAGUGCAGCUACCUAAAAUGGUGCGCUUCAUCGAGAGCGGGCUCUACGGCGAUGCGUCCCGCCCCGGCGGCGUCUUUGUCCAUUGCGCAAUGGGCGUAUCCCGCUCCGUCUCGGCCGUCAUCGCCUACCUCCUGUGGAAGUACCCGCACCGCUUCGGCCGGUCGAGCCCAACCACAACACCCGAGCAGGCCGUCACCCAGGCUCUUGAGCUAGUGCGCGAGACGCGGCCAAUUGCAGAACCGAACUCGGGGUUCAUGCGCCAGUUGGGCGUGUGGUGGGAGAUGGGCUGCCCCGCCGACAGCGACGAUGCCGUCGAGAAAAAGCCGGCAUAUCAGCGCUGGGUCUACAAACGGGAGGUUGACGACGCGGCACGGAUCGGGCGGGUGCCGGACUGGAUACGAUUUGAGGACGAAGAGGCGGAAAAGCAGCGAGGCGGCGGCAAUAAGGAAGACGGCAAAGAAAGCGGGUUGGAGCUCCGCUGCAAGAAAUGUCGCCGCGUAAUGGCCACCAAACCCUUCAUACUUGAGCACCGGCGCAAGAACAAUGCAGAGCGGCCGGACUGCCCGCACUACUUCAUCGAGGCGCUUUCGUGGAUGCGUCCGGUUCUCGAAGAGGGCGCACUCGACGGCCGGCUCGUCUGCCCCAACGCCAAAUGCUCAGCGUCUAUCGGUCGAUACGCCUGGCAAGGCUUCAAAUGCAGCUGCGGCGACUGGGUUGCUCCUGCCUUUUCUCUGCAGAAGAGCAAGGUCGACGACGUUGUUAUUGGGCCUCGCCGGGACCAAGGCAUGGCAACGGCUGCCGAUCGGAUGGCUGCGCUUGGUAUCCGGAUGCCGCCCGGUAAAAGUGCGGCGAGCCUUGUUCUCCCGACAGAUGCGGCGGCAACCUCGCCUCCGACAGCGGCUAUUGAGGGCCAGAAAGAGAAUCUUUGA